CUUAGGCUAGGCCUAACAUCAUUAAAAUGCUGAAUGAUGUGGAGAAGUGCAUUUGCAAAGAAAUACUGGUUCAUUUAAAUGAUGAAGAUCUACAUUCCUUAGCAUCCACCAGCAGCAACAGAGUUGUUGACACUUACAACAGGAAAGGUUUGUUAAUUACUUAGACUUUGCAUGCUAUGUUAUAUUUUUUUUGCUAUCAACUUUAUUAAUUUUGUUUGUUGUUGACUUCUAAAUUUCAUCCUCUCAUGCUUCAAAAUUGUUCGUAGUAUGAAAAGAAUUUUUCUUCAAAAUUUGGAUGCAUUCUAAUGAUAUUUACAGGUAGUUGAACAUUGAGAAUUUUUUCAUUAUGCAUUUUUCAGUGUUAUUGUAUAUAAUUAACUUCUUCUAUAUUUUGAGGGCCCACGAUCAAUAUAUUGAUCAUUCUGGCUCCUAUGUUUCAGAGGGGUUGGCAAUGUAAUUCUGCAUGGUUUUGAAGAGGAUACUUCACUGGUUGCAAGGGCUACUCAGCGACAGUAUUAUGAACUGGGGUUUGUAUGACAGGAGGCAAUAGACGCAAAUAUAUCAAGCGUAGUCGCCUCAACUGUUGCUUUUGGAAGCUUGUUCCAGUCCCUGAUUGUCUUUGGCAGGAUUAGGAGUUCCUGUACUGUGUUCUUGUUUUUAUUAGCAGGAAUGGCCUGUCAUGGUCUCGUCGCUGUAGUUGUUAACAGUUACUUUAGAAGUUAAUUACAAAUAUUUUUGCAAAAAAUCAGUUUAAUUCAAAAUGUCACAAUGUCAGUUAAUUUUCUGCUUCUGAACUGCACUAUGGGCUGACUUUUUGGGGUUUGAAAAGUCAUGGUUUCAGGCAUGGCCCACGCGACAGCUCUGCCUAAAUCCGAUAGCUGGUUUGCCAAAAAAACAACCACCCCCUUCCCCCCCAAAAAACCAACAAAAAACAAUAUUACCAUCCAAAAAUUUUACAAAGAGUUUUUUAAAAGUUGAUAUUUAAAAAUGUAGUCGAACUAACCAAUAUAAAUUUUUUUUUCAGAUGCAGAAAAAGCUAUUUUAGCAUUCACCCAAUCCAUUGAUGAAUUUUUUAAGCGCAGAAAGAUUAGUAAAGAUGUUCUUCUGAAGUAUGUGUUUAGCAAAGGUCUGUCUGUUCCUCGAAAUGCUGAUAAAGAUGGACUUGUGGCACAUAUAAUCAAGUCUUUGUUGACAGAAUCAUCCCAGGACAAGGGAGUGAAAUCCCCUAGAGAAAAUGUGUUGGAUAAGCAGUCAAAUGCUGCAUCACCUAACAGGAAAGCUGUUGUGCCCUCUACUGACUGCAGCUUUCCAAAGUUAGAUGAAGCUUUUCAUCAUCAGGACAAAAAGGUAGCAUUUGUUAGAAUUUGCUUAUCUUUUACCAUGAAUUCAUUAACAUUUAUUGAAAUAGAUAAGAAAAUAAAAUGCAAUUGGAUUUACUUUUGUUGCUUUUAAAUGCUUAUAUAUCAAAUUUAUUUAUUUUUGACAAUAUCUUAUUAUAACUUCUUCUCCUCCCCCAACACACACACAUAAAGGCUAACAUGAUGAUUUCCACAUGUUUCUGUUUUUUUGUCUAUUUUAUGGCAUUUUCAAGGCUGUUGUCUAAUUGUGCAUGGUCCUUUUAAAAAGGGCUGCCUGUUAGUCUUACCACUCACUUGAGUGGCUUAUAAUUUAUUGCUAUUGAUUUCUGUGUCAGGUCUGUGAUGUAUCUUGUAUAUCAUAUUAUGAAUGCAAGAAGUUAAGUUUCUGAAACACUUCUGUCAGAUUGUCCAUGUUCCACUAACUUACUUGGUAGUUGAGAUUAGUGUUGUUGAUCAGGUGGAAAUUGACUUUUCUACAUAGAUUAAGUUCUGAAUAAAUUGAAGUGCUAAAAAUAACAAUUAUUGUUUUGCAAUACCAAAUACUAGAAUAGUUUUCAAAUUCAAUGACUCUAAUUGCCAUUUAACCUCCUUAUUUCAAAGUGACAAUUAACUAGGAUGAUGUAAAAAAAAAAAGUUAUUGAAGAUAGAAGAAAUGUGAUGUCCACAUUCAUCUGGGGUGUUCCUUUUUUUUUGGGAGCUGGUAGUUUUAUAAUCGCACAUUUUCCCAAUCUUGUGUGUGGAACACUUUUGAUUGCAGGCAGGUAGAAGAAAUGUGAUGUCCACAUUCAUCUGGGGUGUUCCUUUUUUUUUGGGAGCUGGUAGUUUUAUAAUCGCACAUUUUCCCAAUCUUGUGUGUGGAACACUUUUGAUUGCAGGCAGGUAUUGAUUAGUUAUGUCAGCAUCUCUAUACAGCUUUAAUAAUUCUAGUGCUAUCAUGCCUAAGUCCUCCUUAUUAUUUUUUGGGACUACAAGCUCGGUUUACUUUAUUAAUUGUGAUGCAAUCAUUAUGAUGUGGGCGUCAUGUUUAAUUGACCAUUCACUCGCACAUUGCAUCUGAAUUUUAUUUGUUAAACAGGAACUUUUUAUUUUUGGUGUUAUUUAGUUGUUAGGAACAUUAUUGAUUUUCAAAGUUCCUCUUAGCUCAUUUGCAAUCUUAUUAUAUAUUAUUAUUAUUAUAUUAUUCUUGCCUUCUGAACAAGUUCUCAUUUUAAUUUUAAUACUGACCCACAUAAAAGCAUUUUCCACCUCAAGUUCUUUAGUGAUCAAAAUCAACCAGUCCCCUAUGUUGGAUCUUUGAAUCUGUUUCAACAGCAUAGAAUUUUUUUGCAUGUUGCUUAAAAGAUGUAUACUCAUAAGUGUUAACAAUAUGCAUUUCAGGUACAAAAAACUUAUUCAACUGGCAAAACUUGAAUUUUUUUUUUAUAGAUGUAAAACUUAAUCAUUCAAUUACAUAAUGUGCCAAUGUAAUAAUAUGACUAAUACAAAAGAAAAGUAGGCACAGUGACACAGAACACACAUAUGAAAAUAUUGAUGAGCUGGAAAAAAAGAAGUGGCCUAGAUCUUAAUCUUUAAAAAAAAACACAUAUUUUAUAUUUAUACUUGCAGUCAUAGUUUAUGUAAAUUAAUCUACUUAAGUAUUACUACUGUCUUCUAACUGCUUAGAUUCUAUCUUAUGUGAAAAUCCACAGUCAAGUUCCAUUUGGUUUGUCAAAUCCAAUGUGGUAUAUGUUUUCAGAAUUUUGAGACUUUACAUGAACUUAAUUCCAGUUUAUACCUACAUAGCUAAAUUUAUUUAAUUAAUUUUUACAGGUAACUCCAGAGAAAGUCCAAUAUGUCCAGUCAGUAUUCAACUACAGCCCCACCAAUAUAAUUAUAAAUGUGAAUAUGAACCAUUCAGCCAGUGCUUCAAUGACCCAUUCAGAUCAGCAAAAUGCAGAGGCUUUUGUGAGAUGGUUUUAUGAAAUGAUAAAUUCUUACAAUCCAACCUUCAGCAAGAUUGUACAUGACUUUGGACCUCAGCAUUUCUGGGACAAUGCUCAGCUGUUUCUGUCUAUGAACAGCAGGGAUUCUAAAAUAGAAGAUAUUGUCUGUGGCAAUUGCCAUGUGGCAAAUCGACUUUUACAGUUUUGUACAGAAAGUCACCUCUUGUUUAGCCCUAAUGCUAGUACAGAAGGUGUGAAGACCAGGUCGGAUCCCCAUGGUUUGAAGCUUAUAUUGGUUUGUGGGACUCUUCACAAAAUGAAUUCUUGUGUAGGAGUAUUCCAACAAUCUUUUGGUUUAGUCAAAGAACCUAUGUCACCAGAUGUCUGGAAAGUCAAAGUAACAUGUCUUAAAAUGGAUGAAGAUUCAGCUAUGAUGGUGCCAAGACUCACAGACUGUGAAGAUAUUCAAGCUUUAGAAGGGCACACUAUUAAAGUAUUAGAACAAUCGUUAGUACAUUCGUGAAUGUGUUAUUUCAAACUCAUCAAUGCCUCUGUGAUCUUCCUGUUAUUUUAUUUUGGGCUAGUCAAUGCAUCACUUUAAUGCAUCAGAACAAUUCAAUUUGUUCUGUUAUUAUUUUCUUUUAAUUUAAGUCAACACAUAAUUUUUCCUCUCAAAUUUUCACCAUUGGUAGUGGUGGUGGUUUAUCACUAUUUAAAUGUGAUGAUCUCUCAAUUAAGUACAUUGUCACAAUCUCAUGCUCUUGGCAUUCUCAAUGUCCCUUUAUGGGCAGUGCAAUAAGUGGCUGUUUUAACUGCCUCAGAGUCACACAGGGACAAUUAAUUAUAUUUAACUAUGAAAACAUUCUAAAUUUUGAACUAAAUACACACAAUAUUUUUCAGAAUUUGAAUUUAAAGAAUAUUUGCAUUUUAAUAUUUUUAUAACCAUAAUUUGGCAUUUGAAAGAAAUAUACCAGUGUUGACUUGCGAUAAAGCUUUCAAGUAUAUUAAUUAUACACAAUUUGUGUAAAUAAAAAAAAAAAUAUAGAUUCAGCUUUAUUUAAUAAUAAUUAUACAGAUAAUAAAAAUGUUAAUGUUUUGGCAAGAUAUUAUAUCAGGGGCUCAAAAUGUUGUACUGCCAAGGCUUUUCUCUUGUGAAAUAAACUGAGAAAGCAUGCAACAAACCUCGUGAGGUGUCAUGCACUAAUAUAUUAUUGUCCAUGGACAUCUGACAGACAACUAAAAGUGUACAUAAAUGUUUGUCCUAAAUAGAGAUGGAUGUUUCCUUUGAAGAGACAAAAAUCUGAGUGUAAAUAAGACAGUAGAAUUUUGGUUGGAGCGUUUCGACAUCAAUGUAAAAGUGGAAGCACUGCAGAAGUACAUCUUAAAGGUAGCAGCAUCAAGCUGAGAGCUAUCAAACAGCCUAGUGAAGUUGAACUACAGUAGUGACACAAACAUUCCUAUUAUACUGCCACCUAUUUUUUUUUACACAGACUCCGGUUUAACAGAAUCAUUUUAAAAAAAAAUGUCCAUGUUUUGAAAAGUGUCCUCUACUUAUUUGUUAAGUUUUAAUUUCCAUGAACUGAAUUUUAUAGGAUAUUCAUGUUGUAAACAUUAACUCUAUGAAUACAGCUUUGUUUGGAAGGUUGGCCAGGUUAAACACUAAGUAGUGUUGCAAGUCUGCCGCAUUAGUUUCAUUCAAUAUUACUAUUAUGAAUAUAACUAUACAUACCUACUGAGUUUAUUUGUAACAUGUUUGUUAUUUCAUUCAUAUAUUUAUUAUUUGUAUCAUUUAUUAUUUUUUUUGUGUGGUUAUUUUGAUAAUUUUAGAGUUUGGUUCAUAUUUAAAUUCCUUGUCUUAAGCCCAGAGACUAGGGCAUUGAAAAAGUUGAAACAAUUCGACAUGGUCACAUUUUUUAGCCAUCUAAAUAAAACAGAAGUUUUGUUAUUUGCUACUUAUGGUAACAUUUACACCCAAUAAACAAAUAUACUUUUUUCAAAAUAUAUUUAUUUCUUAAUUACAUCAAUAUCAGCUGACUUGUAUAUGGUGUAGCAUGAGAUUUGGCUGACUAUAAAGGUCAAUGACCUGUGAACGUAAGCGUAGGUGUGCAUAUGAUGGCACUGAAUGAUAUUAAUGUACCGUUACUAUAAGAAAUAACAACACUAAUUCAAAAACUCAGAUCUGAUCAGUUGGAUAAAGCAACAUUUAAAAAAAAAUAACAGUUAAUUAUCUGUUAAAUGAGCUAGGUUUCAUUAUACUCCUAAAAGAUGGCUCCAGAAAAUUGUGCACUAAAUAAGAUAUUUUACAACAAUGCAGUUUAUUGUUUAGGUAAACAAAAUGAGAUUAAAAAAUAUUUUCUGGUUCUUAACAAAUUUACCAGCCCAUAUUUCCGGGGUCUUUCCAUGCCUAUGAAAAUAUAAAUAAAACAAGAACUACAGUUUUAUUAGCAAAAGUAAUUCAAUUUCAUUUGUAAAAGGUCUGUUGGAGUAAGUAUUCAUCUCAGAGUUUGUUGCCAUUUGCUAAGUAAAAUAAUUGAAUGUGCUGCUUCCAUCCUCCAGGGUAUUUUCUAUUUCAACAUUUGAUCUUAUUCUUUUAUUCUGUUUAUAUGCUAAAUAAUGUUAAUGAA